AUGGCUUCUAGCUUUGCUUCCAAGCGGCUGGCUAAAGAGUUGUCCAAGCUCAACUCUGGCUUGCCUCCCGGUAUCGAGCUCAUUUCGGCCGACAACUUUGAAGAAUGGAUAAUGGAUAUCAAAGUCUUGGACGACAACCCGCUGUACAAAGACCAGGCUUACAGACUCAAAUUCAAGUUCUCACAACAAUAUCCCAUAGGCAAGCCUCUCUAUACUCGCCGCCCACUCAAUAGCUCCCCCAAGUAA